ACAAUCGAUCAAUUCUUCACUCUAUUAUGGCUCCUAAAGUGUUCUUUUUCCUCCUCACUUCCCUACUUCUCUUUUUCCAUACUUUUGCGAAUAAGGAUGGUGCAAAGAAUGUCGAGACUUCAACUACUAAGAAUGAGCCUUUCAAAAAUCAAAAUUUGUGGCAUCCCCGCCCUUGGUUGAAGCGGGGACCCCACCCUCCUUUGCCAACAGGAUGGGGUCACUGGCCCCAUCCUCAUCCUCCUUUGCCAGCGGGAUGGGCUCACAAGCCCCACCCUCCUAUGCCUGCCGGUGGUUGGUCUCGCUGGCCGCCUCAUCUACCCAUUCGAGGCAGCCCGUUUUGGCCCCGCUAUCCCGGAUUCCGUGGUGGAUGGCGUUGGCUGCCCCAUCCUCCUUUGCCAUCUAAACAAUCAAAAACUGCUAGUACUAGUGAGGAAAAGAGUCACGAAGUGGAAGCAUUGGGCUUCUGGCAUCAUCCACAAUUCCCACGCAUCGGCGCUCGUCCGCCGAUGCCAAAAUGGCCGUUCCCUCACCCGCCAAUGCCCCACUGGCCGUUCCCUCACCCUCCAUUGCCUUCUUGGUUGCCUAAAUUCAAAUGGCCUAUUGCUCUCCCGCCGCUCCCUUCGGGUGGGUCCCGGUGGCCGUGGCUGCCGCACCAUGACGGAAAAGGUGCCGAAGAAUCUAAGACCAUGGCAACGAAAUGCUCUUCAACUCCUGCUGCGGUUGAGAAUUGCAUGAAAGAUGGGACUUUCACAUUUAGUGACACUAAAGGCUACACAUUCUCUACUGAGUGUUGUACCUUGGUUGCUGAGAUCAAAGACGAAUGCAUUGAUGGGGUGUACCUUCCGGUUAUCAAACAUCAAUGCUCAAUCCGGACUUAAUUAGUCAUAUAUAGUUAAUUAGAUUUGUUAUCAAUUUAUUAAUUAUUAAUUAGCUAGAUAGGAAUAAUGAAAGUGCUUGCAUAUACAUUUGAUAUGCAUGCAUGGCCGCGUAAUGAUAGUUAGUCGAUUAGUACUUUGAUUAUCUCAAUCAAUUCUUAGAUAAUUUAUGAAGACAGAGUUUGAAUUACAUUUAUUUAUGUGCUCUAUUUUGCCA